AUGAGUGACUUCAAGUUCAACGCCUUCCAGAUCAAACGCCAGGCACAUGCCGUGAGCCGGAGCGACGCUGGUUUCAACCCUUUCGGCCACAUUUGGAACAGCAAGAAUCGUCGUCAAACAUGGGACGGAGAGGCACAGCGGGAUAUCAAUGUAGACGAUGAGGACAUCGAGACUGGCUCGCCCAUAGAACAUUCACAGACCGCACCGUCAGGGACAUAUGGGGCCUUUGGCCACGGCACAGAUGCGAGGACAAGCAAGGACAAUGAGGCAUCGCUUGCCCGCCAAGAACAGGAACACGAACGGGAAAGGCCCGAUAGUUCCGGUGACACCGUCGUCGCUUCCCAAGCCCCAGGUUCCGACUUCACUGCAGUCGACACGGGAGCGCAGAUGCGCAAUCGGGGGAGGCUCGAGAAGGAACCGGUCGAUUCACCCAGCACCCAACCUGCCGACGAGCCAAAGAAGAAAAAGGAGCAUCGCCUGUUCAAGCAUGUGCAGCCCAAGGAGCCUUUUACCGUGGGAAACCAGAUUCAGCGCACGUUGUUGAACUCAUGGAUCAACGUACUGCUGGUAGCCGCGCCAGUGGGCAUCGUCCUGGGAGCCAUUCCAAACAUGAACCCAAUCGCCAUCUUCGUCGUCAACUUCAUUGCCAUCAUCCCACUCGCCGCUCUUUUGGGUUUUGCUACUGAGGAAAUUGCACUUCGCACUGAUACUAACCAGGGCAGAAACGCCGUCGAGCUUAUUGUGGCCAUCAUGGCGCUUGUCAAGGGUGAAGUCGUCAUUGUACAAACCUCGCUCAUUGGCAGUAUCUUGUCCAACUUGCUGCUUGUCAUGGGCAUGUGCUUUUUCUUUGGUGGACUUCGCAGGCAAGAGCAAUUCUUCAACAUGACUGUUGCUCAGACUGCAGCCAGUCUGCUCGCUCUUGCCAUUGCUGGUAUCAUCAUCCCGACAGUGUUCGACAAGGAGACCGAGCUCCCCGUUUCAUCAACAGCCGCGCUUUCCCGGGGUACGGCAGUCAUCCUGCUUUUUGUGUACGCGGGUUACUUGUACUUCCAGCUCAAGACCCACCACUCAGUCUUCUCUGAGGAGAGCCAGAAGGUGCCCAUGAAACCUAAGAAGCAUGACCUGGGCCCGGCGGCCAUCAAGAAGGGACUGAUUGGUCCAGCAGGGCUCGUUGGUAUGCCCGGUCACAACGAUGAGAGCGGUACCAACAACAAGAAGCUUCAGCAAAUGCUGAACGCAGACCCCACAAUCGAUGACGAUGAGGAGGACGCAGAGGACCCCCAGCUCUCUUUCGCCGUUGCCAUGGGUACUCUUGCUGGAAGCACGGUCCUUAUUGCCUUCUGUGCCGAGUUCUUGGUUGACAGCAUUGACUACGUGACGACCCAGGGUGGCAUCAGCGAAGAGUUCCUGGGUCUGAUCCUCCUUCCCAUUGUCGGAAACGCAGCCGAGCACGCCACUGCCGUCACCGUCGCCAUAAAGGACAAGAUGGAUCUCGCUAUUGGAGUCGCUGUGGGCUCGAGCAUGCAGGUUGCGCUGUUCUUGAUCCCGCUCCUCGUCAUCAUCGGCUGGGGUAUGGGCGUAGAGGAUAUGAACCUGAGUUUCGACGUUUUCCAGGUUGCAGUACUGUUCGUCUCGGUACUCUUGGUCAACUAUCUGAUCGGCGAUGGCAAGAGUCACUGGCUCGAAGGAAUGCUUCUGAUGUGCCUUUACGUCAUAAUUGCAGUCUGCUCGUGGUACUAUCCUGCCCACGAAGCCGCGUAG